AUGCUGAAGUCUCCUGCGACCACCCGUUACGCUGCAUCAAAUCAAGUAAAGUGGCAUUUUAAUCCUUCUGCGGCGCCGCACAUGGGUGGCCUCUGGGAGGCAGCAGUCAAGUCGGCAAAAGGGUUGUUACGGCGGAUAGUUCAAGAUCAAGUCCUUACCCACGAAGAAUUUAAUACUAUCCUGCACAAAAUAGAAGCAACCUUAAAUUCAAGGCCAUUAGGCGCACUCUCCAGCGACCCUAACGAUUUUGCACCACUCACCGCCGGGCAUUUCUUGACUAUGGGUCCACCAGCCACUAUACCCCAACCAUAUACACACGACCGUCCCUUAGACCACACCCUACGUCAACGUUGGACCCUGGUUCAACAGAUUCAACUUCAUUUCUGGCAACGAUGGCAAAAGGAAUACUUACAAACUAUGCAAACGAGAAAUAAGUGGCAACGUCCAAACCAGGACCUGGCAGUGGACGACUUGGUCAUCAUUAAGGAACCCAUACCACCACUCACUUGGAGUACAGCGCGCGUUGUCAAAAUAUACCCUGGCGAAGACAAUGUCGUCCGAGUAGCUGACGUCAAAUUAGCUAAUGGAAAGACUCUCAACCCUCCAGCGGUGAAGUUAUGGCCUUUACCGUUGUGA